AUGGAGCAGGCACUGCAACACAUGCACGCUGCGGCCCAUGCUGAAGAAGAGCUGCAGAGGAGCCAGAAACAGCUCCAAACCCUGAGGGAGCAGCUGAGGACACAGGAGGAGCAGAGCCAGGACCUGCAGCAUCACCUGGCUCAGCUGCAGGAAGAGCUGAGAGCCACCCAGGCCCUGCAUCAGCAAAAUCUGCAGCAGCUGAGUGAAGCCAAGGAGACCAUCCAGGUCCUGCACCAAGAAGUGGCCUCCAACAAAAAGCACAUGGCAGAGCUGCUGCAGCAGGUGAGGGAGACGACCACCCUGCAGGCAGAGCUGGCCCAGGCCCAGCAAGAGGAAGCCAAGCAAGAGGAGAAGAUUGCGGCCUAUGUGAAGCAGAAGCAGCAGCUCCACUGGGAGCUGAGGAAGCUGCAGCGGUCCCAGGAGCAGUGUCAGAAAGAGGCCCAUUCCCUCCAGGAGACAGUACGUGAGCUGAGGAGCCACGUCCGGUACUGGCAAGAGCGAUACAAGAACAGUGCCCAAGCUCUGGAUACGCGAGAAGGAGAACUGGUUGUUUGCAAGGUGGAGCUGGCUUUCCUCAAGGAACAGCUCAGCAAGGCCAUGGAGCAGGUGAAAACCCUGCGCUCUGCCCGAGCUCCGGCAUGCUCCAACGGUGGCAGACUGCACAAGGAAACGGAGCUGUUGCUGGUCAACAUCAGCCAGUGUGUGAAGGAGCCAACGCAUUCAAAUGAGAAACCAGGGAACAAGAUCCAGACUGCAGAGCUGCCCAGGUGGAAAGAAGUAAGUUCUGAACACAGGAGUGAAGCUGAGCUGUCCCAAACAGCAGUUACUGCUGCUGGCAGGAAUAUAUGGGACAGAUGGACAACUGCUGGACUAGCCAAGCUCCUGAAAUGCCGGCAGAUCAGGGUUGUCAUCAUUGACACCGCCCAUUUCCUCUCCCUUUCCUCCAGGCAUGUUCAAGACACACUGCAGGAAGAAGACACAUAG